UCAGCUGACUGUUUUGGCUGUACUGGGCGCUCCGGACACAGCGCUGCCGCUGUUGUAAAAAUGCUGCUCUCCGUGCCGCCAAGGACAGGAAUCAACCCGUAUAACAGUUAUACCAGCAAAAGCAGUAAAAAGCAGGCGUAUGCCUCCUCCACCCAGCAGAUGGCGCCGCCCAGUCCUAACACCACCAGCAGUAAUGGAGGCAGCGUUGGUGGGGAUCCGCUUAGCAAAACCAACCUUUAUAUCCGCGGUCUCCAUCCAGGAACUACAGACCAGGACUUGGUCAAACUGUGUCAACCCUUUGGGAAAAUAGUGUCCACCAAGGCCAUCCUCGACAAGACCAUCAACAAGUGUAAAGGCUAUGGCUUUGUGGAUUUCGACAGCCCAGCCUCUGCACAGAAAGCAGUUACGGCGUUAAAGGCCAGUGGAAUACAGGCUCAGAUGGCAAAGCAACAGGAACAGGACCCCACCAACCUGUACAUCUCCAACCUGCCUCUCUCUAUGGAUGAGCAGGAGUUAGAGAGCAUGCUCAAACCCUUCAGUCAGGUGAUCUCCACACGAAUCUUACGCGACGCAAACGGCACCAGCCGUGGAGUGGGAUUCGCCAGGAUGGAAUCGACUGAGAAAUGUGAGGCCAUCAUUCAACAUUUUAAUGGCAAAUACAUCAAGACUCCUCCAGGAGUAGCAGUGCCUAUAGAACCCUUGCUGUGUAAAUUUGCGGAUGGAGGACAGAAGAAGCGGCUGAAUCAGGGCAAAUAUCACUCGAAUGGGCGGCAGUGGCCAAGAGAGGGCGACACUGGUGGGAUGACGCUAACCUACGACCCUCACCCCUCUUUACAAAAUGGGUUCUACUCUCCUUCCUACAGCAUUGGUCCAAACAGAAUUAUUGCUCAGACCUCAAUCUCUCCAUACAUGCACUCACCUGUAUCCACAUACCAGGUACACAAUCCAUCCUGGAUACAUCACCAGUCUUACCUCAUGCAGCCCACAGGUCCCGUACUGACGCCCACAGUGGAUCACACUAUGACCAUCCAACCCACUGCCAUAAUCGGGCCUCUUACACAGCAGCUCAGCCAUCUAACCCUGGGCAGCACAGGCACGUAUAUGCCUGCAAACACAACUAUGCAAGGGACCUACAUACCACAAUAUGCCCAAGUGCCUCCUUCAAGCAUUACAGCAGAGGAAAAUAGCAUCCAACAGCAGCAGGUUGCCAUAGAGACACCCACAGACCACACAACAUACUCCUACCAGCAUGGCAAGUGAUGAGAAGAAGUGAUGGAGUACAUUGGAUUUUGAACCAUCUCUCUUGAUGUUGAAAGGAAUGGACAUUGUGAAAAAGAAUCAAGAAGCCUGUGUCUUUCUAGUGAAGAAAGGCAGACAUUGUGAUUUCUUUCAACCGAUAAUGAAGCUAAACCUUUUUUAGUAAGAGCGAAAGACUUGGAUGGAGAAAGGUGACUUUAAAAUGUCGCAAAAAGCAAAUAAGCUUUUUUAACACAGAAACACACACACACACACACACUUUGAGAUAUUUUAUUUUUCUGCAACUUUAUUUUCUAAAACAUUCUGCAAAGCCAGAAUGAAGCAAAGUUACAACACCACGUGUCAUUUUAAUUUGAUUUCAAAUCUUUUUGUAAAGUUCUCUUAAAUUUGCUUUCGAACUGUUCGCUGCAGGAGGAAUUUUGUACAUAAAAUACAAUGUUUUUGCAAAGAUCUUGCUGCAUUUUCUUGAAUAUCGGUUUUAAGGAAAUUUUGAGGAACCUGCUUUUAAACCAGCAGCCAAGUCAUUGUUUUAAUAGAUCUACAGAAACCAUGCCGUGUCCAAGAGCGUAAUGCCCUCAUUAUGUCAAGCUUGACAAUUCCGAUUUCUGAAAUGAUGACCUCAUAUUCCCCUCAGAACAAUAACUAUUCCUAACAAAAUGCUGCUUUAUCUUGUUAGAUCAUUCUCUGUUUAAAUGUUGAGAUUUAUUUUUGUAUUUGAAGAUUUUUUUUAAGGAAAAUUUCCAAGAGAAUUAUUUGGAUGAUAAACUUUUGUAUGACUUUGUUUUCAUGCCAUUGGUUCCCUCUUGCCUCUUCAUACAUAAGUUAUGUAUUUUCUUUUAUUCAUUGUAAGGAGUGCUCCACCAACGUUGUAGACCUGUAAAUUAAUUAACUUGCCUUGGUGAACUUUAAUAAUGAGGAUUGUGUUUGUUGGGCUUUGUCCCCUGAGAUAUAAAACUGCAAUAUAUGAAAA